AUGAAUUCCCGCCUUGAAUCAAGAUCUGCGCAGACGCGCAAGCGCAUCGAGAACCACACUUUCGAAGAUGAAGCCGGCGACGAGUAUGAAAGUUCGAAAUUCGGUGGCCACAGAGAGUACAUGCGCCGGAAGAGAAUCAAGUUGCAGAAUUUGGAUUCCGAGAUACGCGCUCGAUCCGAUAACCCACCUAUCUUCAAAGGCAUCGUGGUUUAUGUUAAUGGCUACACCCAACCUUCGCUCAAUGACCUUCAUACCAUGAUCGUCGCCCGUGGUGGUGGCUUUGCACAAUAUCUGGAUGGCAAGACUUUUGUGACACAUAUCGUCGCGAGCAGCCUCACUCCCAAGAAAGCCGUCGAGUUCAAACGAUAUAGGAUUGUCAAGCCUGCCUGGAUCGUUGAUAGUAUCGCUGCUGCAAAGUGUCUUCCGUGGGACAACUACCGCGUCGUGGAUGAAGGCGUUGGCCAGAAAGUGCUUGCCUUUAACAAUGGUCAAAUGUCGAGCCAGGUCAACAGACAAACUAGAGGCUACAAGGAUCAGAGCGACAAUAGCUGGUAUACUAGCCAGCUAAAGGGCUUACGAACAGACGGUCUCAGUCAGGUGUCUUCGCCUAAAACCUCAUUCCUAAAAGGUCCNCCGGCGCCCACGAAGCCCCCAACAUUAACCCCUGAAUACGAUGACAUUCAUGAUUCUGAUUUUGAGGCACUGGAAGAAGAAAAUGAAGAUGCGACAGACCAACCAGAACCCUCCACAGAACCGCAUGAGCCGCUCGACCAAGUUCCNAAAACUCCUCCUCGCACCAACUCUGUUGAACAGGAUGUCGAGCCAGACUCAGUGCUACCUUACUCCACAUCACCGUACGGCCAUGAUGCUUCGGGUCUAAGCAGCUCGAAACAGACAGAUGGUCUGGAGACAGGACCACAGCAGAAGACUACCGAGAUGACCGCGGAAGAGCACAACGCUAUUCUCCUGGCAGAUCCACGUCUUCGCAAAUCAACCGUAGUCAAUCCAGAGUUUCUUCAACAGUACUAUCGAGAAUCACGGUUGCAUCAUCUAUCGACUUGGAAAGCAGACCUCAAAUCGCAACUUCAGGCACUCACAGCGGAAAAGUCUGCUUCGCAGAAGAACCGUCAAAAGCGUCCCGUUGGCGCUCGUCGUUACAUCAUGCAUGUCGAUUUCGACAGCUUCUUUGCUGCUGUAUCGUUGAAGAAACAUCCACAACUCAAAGACAAACCAUGUGUGGUUGCUCAUGGCACUGGCUCAGCUGGUGCCUACGAAGAGUCAAGUAGGCAAUUCUAUACCGCUAUUCUGGAAACUGGAGGCCUAGUACAAAGUGUUAGUGUCGAUGAAGCGCUCAUUGAUAUCAGCACGCAAUGCAUAGCCGUUGGUGGCACUGAUGGUGUCCGACGGUCCGAGGGAAGCAACUAUCGUGAGCAGUCAGAGGCUGAUCGAAUCGGUCGAGAACUUCGAGAAGAAGUACUGAGACGCACUGAUUGCAAUGUGUCGGUCGGCAUCGGAGGCAACAUCUUGCUCGCCAAAAUCGCGCUUCGCAAAGCAAAGCCAGCAGGACAGUUUCAGCUCAAACCUGAUGAUGUCCUUGAUUUAGUUGGUGCUCUCGAGGUACAAAGUCUUCCUGGUGUCGCCUAUAGUAUUGGCGGUAAACUGGAGGAGAUUGGUGUCAAGUACGUCAAAGACAUCCGCGAGCUCUCGAAGGAGAAGUUAGUCAACACGCUUGGUCCGAAGACGGGCGAGAAGAUAUGGGAGUACAGCCGAGGUUUCGACAAAGCUGAAGUUGGCGAUCAAGUUAUUCGAAAAUCGGUUUCAGCUGAUGUCAACUGGGGCGUACGCUUCGAAAACCAAGAGCAGGUUGACGAGUUCAUGGUCAGUCUCUGCGGAGAGCUGCAGAAGCGACUGAUCAAGGAAAAUGUCAAGGGCAGACAACUGACAGUCAAAGUCAUGCGACGAUCUCCUGACGCUCCUCUCGAUCCUCCUAAGCAUCUAGGACACGGCAAGUGCGAUACUUACAACAAGAGCAUCCAACUAGGGGUUGCGACCAACGAAAGUGCCAUCAUGACUAAAGAGGUCUUGACCGUGAUGCGGAGUUUUGGUUUCAGUCCUGGAGAACUUCGUGGAAUAGGAAUCCAGAUGACCAAGCUGGAACCAUUGAAAGCUGGCACAGAUGGCCGCGCUGGUAGCAGUCAACCGCGCCUGCAGUUCAAAUCAGCUCAAACCACAAAGCCAAAGUCGAAUGCCGUUGUUGAGACCGAGCCGACCGAAGAUCCCAUCACAGACGAUAUUAAAACACCAAAGAGGAACAAAGUACGUGAUGUUGGAGGUAAAAGCUUCCUGGACAACCUAGUCAACAACCAAUCUCCUAGCAAACGACCUUUGAACAUCUUCGGCACGCAAUUUGCACUUCCAACCCAGGUUGACCCGAAAGUACUGGCUGAGCUACCAGAAGAGAUCCGGGCCAGACUCAUCAAACAAUCGCGUUCCAAUCAGAUCCCUGUCAAUCAGGCCAGUGAUCGCAAAAGUCCCACACCAGUAAAGAAGCCACCACGAUCAGCAGCAAUAAAUAUGCCCAACCAAUCGCAACUCGACCCAGAGAUACUGAACUCGCUACCCGAAGAUGUCCGUCGAGAUGUCAUGGCAAUGUAUCAAACCACCACAACGUCCCCGCGGAAAGGACAGGAUCAAACGAUCCUUCCCCAGUCGCCGCGANNAAAAAACCGUAUCAUUGCUCCAGUCAAGAAACUAGGUGGUAGAAAACCUCGCGGUGGAGGAUUAUUCGCUAGAGCCAGAGCCAGCAACGGUAACUCAACGUUGACUCAAGCCAACUUUGUCGCCCGGGAGACUGAUACAGAGGACGUUAGUGCGGCAGAGGAGAUUGACGAAGACUUCCUCGCCGCCCUCCCACCGGAAAUCCGCCAGGAAGUUCUGGAUGAAAGAAGGUCUGCACAACUACGCCGCUCUGGCGGCAUUGAAGCCACAAAGUCACGAACAGGCAGCAAAAGACAAGAAACUCCCGCCAACACAAUCGAACGAUUCUUUCAGCUACCGCCUCGACCGCAAAAGCCUAGUUUCACGUCUAACAAGUUGACUGAGCUUCCCGACUUGAGAAAGGCGGUGAGGGAGUGGGUGAAAGAAUUUUGGGAUGAGGUGCCGUAUGCAGAAGACACGGGGUCUUUGGUUACGUAUCUGGUUGCUGUGGUCAAGCAGGAACGAGACGUAGACAAAGCCGUAAAAAUCGCCAGGUGGUUGACUCUGGUUGUCGAGCAGGAGGUCUUGGAACAGGAGGUUGGGGAUGACGUUAAAGAAGGUUGGGGCCAAGCGUGUAUGGAUGUGAAAAAAAGUGUCCAGGAUGCUAUUAUUGCUAGAGGGUUGCCAGAGGUAGGAUUUGGUUAA